UUUUCAUGAUUAAUGUUCUAAAUAAAAUGAAAAUCCAAUCUGGAUCCGUAGCAUCUGAAACAUUUGUGCAAAAAUUACAAGAUUCCAAAAUCUAUCCAUUCUCAGGAAUUAAGUAGAAAACAAAAUGAUUGUUUAAUCUGUGAGAAAUUAACCUUCAAAAUUUAUAAUUGUCAAUAUAGAAGCAAUUGCUGCAUUACAAAACACAUCCAGAAUCGAUUUAUCGCAUCCACAAAUGAAUCAACGAUACAAAUUUUCCUAAUGUUGCACCAAUUCGAUGAUUUCGUUUUGAAAGGUAUCUAUCUACAAAACUACUACAACAGAGAAUUCGAAGCAGCGGUCCACGGUGGACCAGGUCCAGGAAGUAGUUUCUCCACCUUCUUGUGCAGCGCGUUCGCUUCGUUCCCGAACGAUAAUGAUCUCUCCUCCUCGUCUCCUCCACUCCGAGAUCCUCCGCCUAUGCCGCUCCGGCGCCGUCUCCGCCGCGCUCCGCGCCCUCGACUCCGCCGAUCCCCUCCUCCUCCCCUCCAAACCCAUCCUCUACGCCUCCCUCCUCCAAAGCGCCACCACCCUCUCCCCCUCCCUCCCCCUCGGCCUCCAACUCCACGCGCGCGUCCUCAAAUCCGGGCUCGACUCCGACCGCUUCGUCGGCAACAGCCUACUCUCGCUCUACUUCAAGCUCUCCCAUGGCGACCUCUCCCUCGCCCGCCGGGCCUUCGACUCCCUCCCCCUCCCCGACGUCGUCUCCUGCACCUCCAUCAUCUCCGGCUACGCCCGCGCCGGCGAGCCCGCCGAGUCCCUCCGCUUGUUCGCGUCCAUGCCGAGCUUCGGCGCCGAUCCCAACGCCUUCACCCUCUCCGCCGCCGCGAAGGCGUGCUCCGAUCUCGGUGACGUGAGGCUCGGCGGAUCCGUCCAUGGAAUGGUUGUGGCUCGCGGGUUUGAAUCCAAUCUCGUGAUCGCGAGCGCGCUGGUUGACAUGUACGGGAGAUGCUCCUCGCCGGAGGGUGCUCGCCGGGUGUUCGACGAAAUGUCUGAGCCGGAUCCCAUUUGCUGGACUUCCAUAAUCUCCGCGCUAACGCGAAACGACCGAUUUGAAGAAGCAGUUUUGCACUUCUACUUGAUGAUGCGGCGGGGGGUAGGGUUUCCUCCCGACGAAUUCACGUUCGGGACGAUCAUGACAGCAUUGGGCAAUUUGGGUAGGGCGAGGCAAGGCAAAGAAGCUCAUGCCAAGCUCAUUACGACCGGGCUCUCCGGGAAUGUGGUGGUGGAGAGUAGCACUCUUGAUAUGUAUGCAAAAUGCGCGCUCGUAGAAGAUUCCCGCAGGGUGUUUGAUAGAAUGCCCGCGAAGAAUGCAGUUUCCUGGUGCGCGUUGCUCGGCGGCUAUUGCCAGAGUGGGGACCAUGAAACUGUUCUCAGUCUAUUUAGGGAGAUGGAUAAGAAGGAAGAUCGGUACAGUUUGGGUACGAUUCUGCGUUCCUGUGCAGGCCUUGCGGCCGUGAGACCGGGGAAAGAAGUCCAUUGCCGGUUCUUGCGGACCGGAGGGUGGAGAGACGUCGUCGUGGAGUCCGCGCUUGUCGAUUUAUAUGCGAAAUGCGGUCUUAUAGAUUAUGCGCAUAGAGCGUUUGCGAAGAUGCCGGUGCGGAAUAUGAUAACUUGGAAUGCUAUGAUAUGUGGGUUUGCCCAAAAUGGUCGUGCAGAUCGAGCUAUUGAGUUGUUCGCUGAGAUGCUGAAAGAAGGAAGCAGGCCUGACUACAUUAGCUUCAUCGGGGUUCUUUUCGCAUGUAGUCAUGCAGGUUUAGUAGAAGAAGGGAGAGGGUAUUUCUCAUCGAUGAGAGCACGUUACGGGAUCGUAGCUGGGGUCGAGCAUUACAAUUGCAUGGUCGAUCUUCUCAGCCGAGUAGGGCUUCUUGAAGAAGCUGAAGCUUUAAUAAGCGGCUCAGCUUUUAGAGAUGAUUCUUCUCUGUGGGCAGCUCUUUUGGGCGCCUGCUCUUCACAUUCUGACCCAGCCAUAGCGGAACGGGUGGCAAAGAAGAUGAUGGAAUUGGAGCCUGAGUAUCACUUGAGCUACGUUUUACUCGCAAAUGUGUACAAGACGGUUGGCCGAUGGGACAAGGCUUUGGAGAUCAGGAGGUUGAUGAGAGUGAGGGAUGUACGAAAAACACCCGGUAAGAGCUGGAUCGAGGUGAACCGGAACCGAUGUAGUCACAUCAUGGGCAGUGAUGAUUUGUUGAAAGCCAAAUUCGAAGAUCUUGAAGAGUUAAAUGCGGCCGAGGAAAGUGUAUAUUCUGCGAGAUAGUGUCUGCUGAUCUCUUUUCGAUCAGAAGCUGCAACUUGCACCGUCUGCACCGUCUGUAAAUAUUUCAACAACCUGCGCGAGUUGCAGAUCCCCCUUUGGGGGCACAAUUGUGAUGAUUAAACAGCUCGUGGCAGCUCGCAGUGAGACGUAAUGCCGCAGCAGCGCGACACCGGCUGGCCUUCGACAGUAUGGUGUCGUUGAGGGGAUUCAAGAGGAUAUGUUUGGACAGGAUCGUGUGGAUGUUUCCAGGGACAAUCUCUGCCCGGUAAUUUUAUGGCAGUUCUAAAUUAUACAUCAAAUGAUUCAUAUCAGACGAUAAUUGAUUUAAUAAUAUUGAUGAGUAAUAAUUCUUUC